AUGAUCAAUCUGGCGAUUGCCGACCUCAUGAUGGGCAUUUAUCUGCUCAUUAUAGCAAUAGUUGAUGUGCAUACUGUUGGCGAGUAUUUCAAUUAUGCCAUUGAUUGGCAACAUGGGAUCGGGUGUAAGAUCGCGGGUUUCAUAACGGUGUUCGCGAGCGAACUGUCCAUUUUUACGCUAACCGUUAUAACACUGGAGCGAUGGUUUGCCAUCACAUUCGCCAUACAACUGAACAAACGUCUUAAACUGGGAUUAGCUGUGAAGGUGAUGUUCGGCGGCUGGUGUUACGCACUGCUGAUGGCAUCGUUGCCAUUGUUGGGGAUCAGCACUUACUCCAAGACAUCCAUCUGUUUGCCAAUGGAGAACAAACAGGGAGGAGAUGUGGCCUAUUUGAUAGCCCUGUUGACGAUUAAUGGGCUCGCGUUUGUGCUCAUAUCAGCCUGUUAUGCCAAG